ACGCCGGAUGUGACGUCACCAUUCCGCUGCCUCGCGCUCACGUCUCUUGGUAACGUGUGUAAACAGAUGGCGCUUAUGUUACAUCUGCAUGAAGUUUAUCUGAUCAGUUAAUGAGCACAAAGUAGAACGGAAUAAAGUCACGCUUUCGGAAACACAGAGCUUUCUGAUAAGCCUCGGAGCAGCUAAUUUUAUUUCAGUGCGUUUUAUAAAGAUUUAUGAGUUUAAAGUCAUCUGAAGAGCUGCAGCAUGGAUGAGGAGGAUUUGUGCACCACUCUGGCCUACAACACAAGUCCUACAUCCUCCAAAAGAACCACUUUCCAGGAUGAGCUGGAGACAGCAGUUAAUGAGAGAGCUGCCAGGAACAGAGCCUUACACAGAGCUAAUGGCUUUAGUGAUGAAGAUGAUGGUGAUGAUGAUGUCCUGGAAGAGCUGCUGAAGACGAGGAGGAAGAAGAUGGACAUGUUCAAAGCCUCAAAAUCAAAAAUCUCACUUUCAGUUACUAAAAUGUCAGACGAAGAGGAGGAGAACAUCAGACCCAAAAAAGUCUCCUUCCUGAAGAAACAGAGAAAUUCUUACACUCACAAAACAGACAAUCUCAGAUCAGACACUCCAAGAUCAGACACUCCAAGAUCAGACAGUUUUAGAUCAGACAGCACCUUUAUUUCACACCAAAGUGUGACGGAGGCUCAGACUCUACAGAGACGUCAGCAGGACUCAGACACUGUAUCAGCUCCACAACACAGUAGAUCAGAACCUUCUGCCUGCAUGAGGAGCCUAUCAGAAUCGCCCUUGUCUCUUUAUUCAAAGAGCAGCCAAUGGGAACACGGCUCUGAGUGUGUGUCAGAGGCCACACCCCCGACACCUGCCCCCCGCCAGCGAGCAGAUCUUUACUCCGCUCGCAGUGGAUGUGAUGGAGAGGACGGACAAACACAAGCUCCAUCCAGCAGAGCUGCUAUGUCAGUGCUGUCCAACACCAUCACCAACACCAACACUAACACCAACACCUCUUUUCUGACUGCAGGGAAUUCUGGGAUUGAUUCCCAACAGCACGGUGUUUCUGUGAUGGUGAACACACACUCCAGGCCACUAGAGGGUGCUGAGAGCGCAGAUUUCUCAGCAGCAGAACAAAAAAACCAGGAAGAAUAUCAGUUUGGUUCUGAAGUCUCUCCUGUACCAGAUAAUGGAAUUUCCAGAUCUUCAGCUUUUCGACCAGGAAGCUCCAGAAGAUCCAGGAGCACAUCAUCAUACACUGCAGAGUCCAGAUAUCUGGGGACAUUAAAGGUUCUGGAGCAGGAGACGGGACUGGACACCGCCGACUCGCUCAGAGCGACUGUUUAUCAGAACUGGUUAAAGAAUAAACAGGAGAGACUGCAGGUGACGCUCCGAGCUAAAAAACAAGAAGAAAAACUGAAAGAGGAGAAAAAAAUUGAGGAGGAACGGAGUAAGAAAGCUGAAGCUAAAGCAUCUUAUGAAGCUUGGAAAGAAAACAAACGUGAAGCUCUGAGAGAGAAGAUCAGAGACAAACAGGAAGUGAUGAGGAAACUGCAGAAGGAGAUGGAGGAUGAAGAGGAAAGGAAAGAAACCGCAAAACUGGUUUUUGAGAAAUGGAAGCGAGAACAUGAUGAACUACUUCGUGAGCAGCUCCAAAAACAGGAGCUCACAGAAAACAGGCUAAAGGAGAAAAAAGAGAAGGAGAAAGAAGAGAGAACAAGAGAGAGCAGUUCUUCAUUUACUCAGUGGAACAGCAGGAAGAAGAAGAUAAUUGAGGAGAAGCUAAAGUCUGAUAAUAGGAAGAAGGAAAUAAAAGAGAUUGAAGAGAAAUAUGAAAAGGAAGAAAGAGAAAGGACGGCGCUGGAGAUGUACGAGAAAUGGCUGAGAAGAAAAGAGUUUCAGCAGAAACGAGAGCAAAGGGAACGGAACAUGAAGGCAGAGGAGCCGCAGACCCCCUGGAGCCCCCCGAACAGGACCGUCCCGUUUGGGAAAUGAUCCUCACCCUAUCUCUGGUCAGACUGUAAUGUCAUCACCGCCACUUUAUAACGAAAUGUUUCUGACACUCAGAUUUACCCAAAACUGCACAGGGGACAAAAGCAGCUGGUCUGUGUCUGAUCUUCACCUGUCCUGAUUAGAUUAGAUUAGAUUAGAUUAGAUUAGAUUAGAUUAGAUUAGGUUAGAUUAGGUUAGAUUAGAUUACAUUAGAUUAGAUUAGGUUAGAUUAGAUUAGGUUAGAUUAGGUUAGAUUAGAUUAGGUUAGAUUAGGUUAGAUUAGAUUACAUUAGAUUAGAUUAGGUUAGAUUAGAUUAGGUUAGAUUAGAUUAGAUUACAUUAGAUUAGGUUAGAUUAGGUUAGAUUAGAUUACAUUAGAUUCGAUUAGGUUAGAUUAAGUUAGGUUAGAUUAGAUUAGGUUAGAUUAGGUUAGAUUAGAUUAGGUUAGAUUAGAUUAGGUUAGAUUAGGUUAGAUUAGGUUAGGUUAGAUUAGGUUAGGUUAGAUUAGGUUAGGUUAGAUUAGAUUAGAUUAGAUUACAUUAGAUUACAUUAGAUUAGAUUAGGUUAGAUUAGAUUAGAUUAGGUUAGAUUAGAUCACACUCAUUCUGAAGUUUGAUGUGAAGAAGAACAGAAGUUUUGAGCUGUGUUUGUGUCUGUAAUGAUCUGAUGUAGUUUAUAUAUCAUGUGAAGGAAGCAGGAGCUCUGAUGGAUCAGUGUGAUGUUGAAGCUGACAGUAAUCUGCUCCAAGUCUAAUCUAAUUAUAAAUCUGAUUAAUGUUGUUGCCUUAGUGUGAGUCUGAUAAGCAAGAAGAUGAAGUGAAAUCUACAGCAUGCUGCAGGAAACAUCUCCUCUUCCUCAUCUUCUCUUCCUCAUCCUCAUCCUCAUCCUCCUUACAGCAGCAUCACUAAAACACUGAAGCUUCUAAACGCUUUUUUCUGAUAUUGUUGAAUUAAAAUCCUGAAGCUGCUUA